AUGUCUUCCUAUCUCCGCCUCGCUCCAAACCCUUUUACUAUUCUCCCUUUCCAUCCAUCCCUUGACAAUGUCCAAUCUCGUUACCCACCCCACGGAUUUCAAGGCUUCAUUUUGGCAGACGCCGACUCUUUCCUAGCCUCAGUCUCGACUACAUUCCAUAAACAGCGAAGGCCUCGUCACUCACCGCCAGCCACCGCCCCAGUCUAUGUCUCUUCCCGUACCAUCCGGAAUGCCCAUAAAGAGGAGUUCUGGGUCUGUCGCAAGAGUGUCCACCAAAAUGCGCCGGUGGACGGGUCAGCGUCUUGGGAGGAGUUCCAGUCCGGUUUAAAAGAAAACCAUACGAAGAAUGAAAUGGAGUACACCCCCAGUGUGACAGGGGUAGAGCGAUUGUUGGAUUGGCCGCGAGAGAGGGAAAUCGAAGGCGGCUGGCAGGAGGUUGACAUGUCUGAGAAUAGAUCCGAUUUCUGCUGGUCGCUACUUGGAUACUAG